CCACUCACAAGUACUCAGAACAGAGACCAAGACAACGAAACAACCGUGGAAGCUUGUUACUCCCUUUUCAUCAUCAAUACUCUGCAAUCACAUGUGAUUGGGUUAUAAAUUCAUUGAGACGCAGUGAUCAGUCCAUCAAAAGGGUCUACAGAUGCACUGAGAUAUACAGAGAUAUACUGAGAGGGUUUAUCAUUCAUAUCUCAAUUCCUUCCAAUCAAUGGCAGAAACAACUAAAGAGAAGUUAUUGAAUAACCAUACCGAGAAACAUUUUACUGCCGGUGCAAUUGUGAGAGAUGUGAUUAUUGGUGUUUCCGACGGUCUUACUGUUCCAUUUGCUCUUGCUGCUGGUCUCUCCGGUGCUAAUGUCGGUUCUUCCAUUAUUGUUACUGCUGGUCUUGCUGAAGUUGCCGCAGGGGCUAUAUCCAUGGGUCUUGGAGGGUAUCUUGCAGCCAAAAGCGAAGAGGAUCAUUACUAUAGGGAGCUGAAGAGAGAACAAGAGGAGAUCAUCAAUGUCCCUGAUACAGAGGCUGCUGAGUGUGAAGAAAUUCUAGCAGAGUACGACCUACAGCCACAUGAAUAUGCACCCCUGAUUAAUGCUCUUCGGCAGAAACCCCAGGCAUGGCUGGAAUUUAUGAUGAAGUUUGAACUGGGACUAGAGAAGCCUGAUCCAAAAAGAGCAUUAGAGAGUGCAUUUACGAUUGCAUUCGCUUACAUUCUAGGUGGAUUAGUACCUCUCUCUCCAUACAUAUUCAUCCCUGACGCUAUGAAAGCUAUGCUAACCUCAGUGGGAGUUACGUUAAUUGCAUUACUGUUCUUUGGCUAUGUUAAGGGUCGCUUCACCGGAAACCGACCUAUCAGAAGUGCUUUGGAGACGGCUCUAAUUGGAACUAUUGCCUCCGCUGCAGCUUAUGGAAUAGCUAAGCUUGUACAAGCAAAAUAAGCUAAAAAGAAGAUUCAAACCGCCAAAACCUGAAUUCCACUAAUCCUUUUUCUUUUUCUACAUUUUCUCAUCCUUUUGAAUUUUCCAUUUAAGACUGUAUUUCAGCUUCAUUUUCAUUUUCUGCUAUCAAUUGUGUAAUGUUAUCUCGUGUUCCACUUUAAAUGGAAUCGUCUUUUGUCGUCUGCU